AUGAAACUGGAUGCUGUAAGGGAGAUCAUGAAGGAAUCGACAAUUAAUGCGUUCAUUGUGCCUACCGCUGAUGCACAUAAUUCUCAAUACAUAGUUCCAUGCGACGCUCGAGUAGAAUGGCUGUCUGGUCUAUCAGGAUCAACUGGAACCGCCGUAGUCACCGAGAACCACGCCCUGGUUUGGACAGACGCGAGACACUUCACUCAGUUUGAAAUAGAAGUGGAUACUGAAGUGUGGACUUUGAUGAAACUUGGUAUCGAUCCUUCAAUACAAAAUUGGUUAGUAUCAAAUAUGGCACCCAACACUGUGGUGGGCAUCGAUCCCACUACCUACACUCGUUCUGCCUGGUCUGCUUUAGAGACUGCCUUAAACCAAGUAAAUGUAACAUUAGUGGCUGAUUAUGAUAACGUAGUAGAUGAGGCCAGAAGAAUCAUAGGAGACCCAGCUCCGGAGCGACCUAACGAACCUUUAUUGGCACUACCCUAUAAUUAUACAGGCAGAAACUCGAGCAGUAAAAUAUCUGAUCUUCUGUCCCAAAUUCGAAGUCGUGGAGCAUCUGCAUUAGUACUGUCAGCAUUAGACGAUAUAGCAUAUACUCUUAACAUCAGAGGCUCAGAUAUACCAUUCAAUCCAGUUUUCUUUUCAUAUCUAGUUAUUAGAGCGGAUCUGCAACAAUUAAAUAAUAACCAUGUUAUAUGGCUCUCGAGUGACGGAAGCGAAGCCAUUCAUAUGGCGGCGAAAACGAAUAAAGAUGUAAGGACUCUUUCUACAGUCUCUCCGGUCGCCCUCAUGAAGUGUGUUAAAAACAGCGUUGAACUAGAGGGUUUCAGAUCAUCCCACAUUAAGGAUGGUAUAGCGGUAGUUCGAUUCUUGCGCUGGCUUCACGAGAAUGUGGCAGAUGGACAGAAUAUUACUGAAAUAAAUGUUGUUGACAAAUUGGAUGAACUCAGAAGCCAAGAACAAGAUUACAAGGGACCAUCAUUCGCGACGAUUGCGGGCGCAGGGGAGAAUGGGGCUAACAUACAUUAUAAGCCCUCGAGAGAAGGGCCUCAGAGGGUCAUUGGAAAGGACGAGAUGUUGUUAGUUGAUUCUGGGGGGCAAUAUAUGGAUGGCACAACAGACAUUACCAGGACUAGACACAUGAGUGGUUCUCCCACUGCAGCACAACGACUUGCUUUUACUCGAGUUUUGAAAGGACAGAUUUUGAUGGGUACUGCAGUCUUUCCUAGAGGAUCUACUGGCAACGUACUAGACACCCUAGCGCGCAAGGCCCUAUGGGACGUGGGGCUGGACUACGCCCAUGGCACGGGGCAUGGCGUGGGGCACUACCUCAACGUGUACGAGGAACCCGCGGGCGUGACCUGGCGGCCCUACCCGCACGACCCCGGCCUGCGGGAGGGGCAGAUCUUGAGUAGUGAGCCGGGUUUCUACAAAGUUGGCGAAUAUGGCAUAAGACAUGAGGAUCUUGUGGAGAUCGUUAAUGUCACCAAAGAUUCUGAUCAUCCCAGAUCGCAAUACAUAGCUCCAAGCGACGCUCGAAGAGAAUGGCUAUCUGGUCUAUCAGGGUCAUCUGGAACCACCGUAGUCACCGAAAACCACGCCCUGGUCUGGACAGACGCGAGAUACUUCACUCAGUUUGAAAUAGAAGUCGAUACUGAAGUAUGGACUUUGAUGAGACUCGGUAUCGAUCCUUCAAUACAAAAUUGGUUAGUAUCAAAUAUGGCCCCCAACUCUGUGGUGGGCAUCGAUCCCACUACCUACACUCGUUCUGCCUGGUCUGCUUUAGAGACUGCCUUAAACCAAGUGAAUGUAACAUUAGUAGCUGAUUAUGAUAACGUAGUAGAUGAGGCUAGAAAGAAUCUAGGAGACCCAGCUCCGCCGCGACCUAACGAACCUUUAUUGGCACUACCCUAUAAUUAUACAGGCAGAAACUCGAGCAGUAAAAUAUCUGAUCUUCUGUCCCAAAUUCGAAGUCGUGGAGCAUCUGCAUUAGUACUGACAGCGUUGGACGAUAUAGCAUAUACUCUUAACAUCAGAGGCUCAGAUAUACCAUUCAAUCCAGUUUUCUUUUCAUAUCUAGUUAUUAGAGCGGAUUUGCAACAAUUAAAUAAUAACCACGUUAUAUGGCUCUCGAGCGACGGAAGCGAAGCCAUACAUAUGGCGGCGGAAACGGGUUUCAGAUCAUCCCACAUUAAGGACGGUAUAGCGGUAGUUCGAUUCUUGCGCUGGCUUCACGAGAAUGUGGCAGAUGGACAGAAUAUUACUGAAAUAAACGUUGUUGACAAAUUGGAUGAACUCAGAAGCCAAGAACAAGAUUACAAGGGACCAUCAUUCGCGACGAUUGCAGGCGCAGGGGAGAAUGGGGCAAUUAUACAUUAUAAGCCCUCGAGAGAAGGGCCUCAGAGGGUCAUUGAAAAGGACGAGAUGUUCUUAGUUGAUUCUGGGGGGCAAUAUAUGGACGGCACAACAGACAUUACCAGGACUAGACACAUGAGUGGUUCUCCCACUGCAGCACAACGACUUGCUUUUACUCGAGUUUUGAAAGGACAGAUUUUGAUGGGGACUGCAGUCUUUCCUAGAGGAUCUACUGGCAAUCUUCUAGAUAUUCUAGCUCGUAAAUGGUUGUGGGAUGUCGGUCUGAACUACGCCCACGGAACUGGGCAUGGAGUGGGGCACUUCUUGAAUGUACACGAAGGUCCCUCCGGCAUUGGGACAGGAUUGAUAGCGACCGAUCCCGGGAUUGUCCCCGGGAUGAUAUUUAGUAAUGAACCCGGCUUUUACGAAGUCGGUGAAUACGGGAUUCGACAUGAAGAUCUCGUCGAGGUUAUUGAGAUGAAUAAUGAAGCUACUCAUAUGUCGGCACAAGGUAUGGUAGAUGAUUUCAGUGGGAGAGGUGCGGUGGCGUUCCAUACGAUAUCGCUUGCGCCGCAUCAAACUGCCUGUCUCGAUGUGGAACUGCUCAAUGAUUUUGAGAUAACUUACAUUAACUCUUAUCACGAAAGAGUUUUAUCAACUCUGGGCCCUAUUUUGAAACAAAGAAAUUUAACAGAAGACUAUGAGUGGUUAGAAAAAGAAUGCGCGCCAAUAUAUCGUAACGCCGCCAUAUUGUUCAAAACUUCGCCGUUUUUAAUCUUUGGAACGUUAAGUUUAUGGUUUAUAAAAAUG